UAACGUUAAUGAAGCUAUAACUAAAACUAAAACAGUGUUAAAAUAUUGUUAUUUAAGUAAAAUUUUAACUUUACCCAGGUGGUUUUUUCCCUGAAAAUGGAAGCAACGUACAUUAGAGGCGACGAUGGUAUACCAGUAUUAGUUGAUAGUUCGUAUAGUCCUUCCACUUCUAAUGGCUCUAAACCAGAAAAAAAUGACAAUAAAGACGCUAUCUAUACAAAGAAAGAAAAAGAAUCUAAAGCCCUUAGACGCCCUAGUCACGAAGAAGUUAUAAAAGCUGUCUUCACCAUUGAUGGAGAAGGUUUUGAUGUUAUUCUUUCUGAAAGAAAUGGAAGAAUUUCAUGGUCAACAAUGAGUGCUUUAGGUUAGUGAUCAAAUAAAGUAGUGUUAGUGUUAGACAUCCACAUAGUCUGUCAUAGUAGAACAUUUUUAAAAAAUAAUUUGUAAGCAUUUUAUAUCUUUAAAUAUAUAUAGAUAUAAAUAAUAAACAAUUAAAAGUAAAUGAGUUUAAGUUAAAGGCAAGGUCAUUUUCAUUUAAAAAUUAGGCAUAAUUUAUAAAUUAUGCAAAGUCAUUUAUUAUGAAUAUUAUUUUUAUUUGAAAAAUUGCAUUUUUAGAAAGAAAAUUUUUUAAUUUGCAGGUCCACGAAGUAAAUCAUCUAGGCGAUUAUCAGGAAUUUUACAAAGUCGGCACUCAGCCAUCAUUGAGAAUAAAGCAGUAGAUGGUAUAGAUAUAUCAACAUUAUUUGGUGCUCGGGUAAAAAGACAACAAAAGAAAGGAAAUGAGAAAGAAGAAGAAGGGCAGUGCUUAGGUGUUAUUCUCAGUACCAUAGAAAAAAAAAAUCAUAAUACUUUAAGAGAAAAGACUGUAUUUUUGGAGCAUCCUAGCAAUGAGCUAUGUUCUUCUUGGGUAUCUAAAAUAAAGGAGUGCAUUAGAUGUAAAUAUUGCAGCUUUUCAUUUAAAAAAUAAUGUAUAAAAAAUUUGAUUUAUAUAAUGUAGCAAAUUUAAAUUUUGUUACUUUAAUCAAUAUAAUGUUAACCGUUAGAAAACAUUUAUGUAAGUAGUUUUUAAAUAUUGGGGAAUAUAAUUUUUGUCAAAGAAAUUCAUAAAACACUGGAUUUAUUACACUGGCUCAUCAUGUUAUAUACCACAACUUUUAAUUAAAAAACAUGCAUUUUCAUUAAUUAAAGAAGUAUUUUUCAGCUACUCACCAAAGGCCUGCAUUAAUAAAAUUGUUUUUACAACCAUAUGCUGGUAGCAAAAAAGGUCGUGUCAUUUAUACAAAAACAAUUCUUCCAUUGUUUCAAAGUGCUGGUGUCAGUGUUGAUCUUUCAGGUAUUUAAAAAAAAAUUGUUCUUUCUAUUACUUAGUCAUUUAAGAAUACACAUACAUGUCCAUAAAUUAAACAGCAAAAUAGAGUUGAUUAGAUGGGGUGGAUGCUGCAGUGGUAGUGAGAGGUGUGGUGGUGAACUAAUGACGCUACGUUGCUACAAAUACAAAUUUAAAAUGCGUUGUAAUGUAGUAUUUUUUUUACACUCCCCCACAAUAAAAUUUUUUUUGAAAUAAUAUAAUUUUUAAUGCAUUUGAGGUUUAUGUAAUUUCUGUUAGCUAAAUAAUAUUAUUGAGCAAUAGACCUAAAUGAGUUAAUUCUCAACAGAGAUAAAACAUAAUGAAUAUGUGAAACAAGAAAUGGCUCAUUUAAAUUUGGAAGACUAUGACUGGUAAGUUCAUGAUAAUGCUCUUUAUAAAAAGUGUUGGACUGCGAUAAAGCUUUAAAAUAGAUUAAUUAGACAACAACAAUUUGUGUCAGUAUAACAACAUGAGGUAAGCUUUAAUGAUUAUUUUGCAGAAUACAAAAAGUAUACGUUUUAGCACAUGCCUUCAUCAGUACAACAAAAAGAAAAAAUAAGUAUCAAUUAAAUUUACAUAAUAUAUACAGAUGUCCUACCUAAAAAAGGAGGGAGAAAAAAAUGGAGUGCGCGAAAAAAACAGACAGAAGCAAAGGAAAGUAAAAUAUAAAGGAAGUAAAAUUAUCAUUAAAGCUUACCUUAUAUUUUUAAAUUGACACAAAUUGUUGUUGUCUAAUUAAUGCUCUUUAGCUGAGCGAGUUAAAUCCUUCAAAUUUCUAUAUUUUUUAACAAAUAAUUUAACGUUGUAACAACCCACAAUGUAUAUUUAUCUUAUCAGCUCUUUGAAAUUUAUUUAUAUAUCUUUUAAAUUAUUUUAGUGCAUUAAACAGUCCCUAACGUUACCAAAAAUUUCUUUUUUUUUUUUUUUUUAAAUUAUUUUGUGAUUAGUUUUAUGUCCUAAUACUAAUAUAAUUGAAUAUGAUUUCCAAUUAAUAAUAUAACAGGAUUUGUUCAAUUUUUGUUCGUUACCAAAAAUUUCUUUUUUUUUUUUUUUUAAAUUAUUUUGUGAUUAGUUUUAUGUCCUAAUACUAAUAUAAUUGAAUAUGAUUUCCAAUUAAUAAUAUAACAGGAUUUGUUCAAUUUUUGUCAAAAUAGAAAUAUUUUGUAAAAUGCAUUUCAUGUUUUUAUAUUCUGAAGCUAAAUACACACAGAUUAUUAAGAAUUAAUGUAUGUUAAGACUGUACUGAAUAUUUGUUUUAUUAUUCACUUCAUUGCUGAACAAUGCAAAUUUAGGUUAUUUUUAAAUGAGUCUACUAUAUUUGUAUGCAAAUAUUCAAUUAGAUAACAUUGAUUACAUAGUACUACCUUUAAAUUAUUUUUUUUUAAUGCACCUCUUUGAAAUGGCAGUAAUUUUUUUAUAAUUUUCAUUGGACUUCAUUCAUAUUUGACAAGAAAUAGAAAACUUUUCAUUUCAACCGUACUAUUCAUUUACUUUUGAUUGCUAUCUGCCUGCAUUCCCUGUGUUUUAUCUUGAUGUUUUGCAAAAACCUUUAUUAUUCAUAACAGCAUAGUAUGUAUGGGUGGUGAUGGUACAGUGUAUCAGGUGAUGGAUGCUCUUAUGAAUCGUGCUCAGAAGGAGAAAGACAUUGAAAUGAAAAGUGGAACCAAUCCUGUUCGCUCCCCUGUUCCUCUUGGAAUCAUUCCGAUUGGUAAAAAUAAACCAUAAACAUUUUAAUAAGCCAAACUGCAUAGAGUUAAAAAAUCCUUAUAAUUAUACAUUUUCUGAAAGUGCAUUGAUUUACAAUUUACCAGCAUCAUAACAGCGAUAGUCAUGCAAAUAAAAAAACUACAUCAUUGUGAAUAUUAAAUGAAAACAACACCUUAUGUCGGAUUGUACAUAAGGCCCAACAAUAACCUUUUUCAGUAUUCCUCCUUAAAAAAAAAAAAAACAUACACCCAACUAAUUUUUAAGGUGUAGAAGUAAUGCUUGUAAUUAGCAUUUUAUACAUUUCUUAAAUUGACUUUUUGGCAGUUAUAUGCAAAAUAAAAUGUGUAUUUGAAAUAUAAUUUAAUAAUUGUAUUGUCAAACUAAAACAGUUUUGGUAAAAUAGUUGUAUUUACUUAGUUUACAUGUUUUAAUAAUUGUAAAGCACUUAGAGCUUUAUGAUAAGCGCUAUAUAAAAAUGCCUAAAUAAAUAAAUAAAUAAAAUAAAAUCAUUUUUGUUGCAAUACUGUCUUUAGACCAGCUCUCAAUUAAAAGAAAAAAAAAAAAAAGACCCUCUCUCAAAAGAAUUGGACAGUUCCAAUCCACACUAGUUUACUAAAUUAUAAAUACAAGUACAAGUCCAUACCUAAGUUUAUAAUUAUUAUUCUCUAAAAACGUAGUUACUUAAGACUAAAUAAUUUUGCUGCUAAUUUAUUAAUUACAUGGCAUAUUUGUGUUUAUAUUUAGGUAAGACAAAUAAUAUAGCCCAAUCAACAAUGGGUGUUGCAGACGAGGUCACAGCAACUUUGCAUAUUAUUCAUGGUAAGUUAAAAAGAAGUGAAUUUUUACAAAAACUUUAAGUCAAUAAAUAUUUAAGAUUGCAUUAAUAUUUUAAUUUAUUGAUUUUUCUUUUUAAACAUUCCUAUUCUUUAAAAAUAAAUAACUUGAAUAAACUAACAUACGAAAAUGAAUAUUUUGUCACUAAAUUAUUUCAUGAGCUACUUUUCCAAAAUUGCAAUAUUUUAUUUAACAUAUUUUUUUGUUUGGAAAAGCAGUUACUUAUAGAUUAUAAGAAUCUGGCUUUAUACUUGUUAUUGGUUUUUACAAUGCAUUGCCAACUGCUCCACUUAACAGGUCAGAUUGACAUAUAUUUUUUUUACGUUAAAAAACAACAGUUGAAAUCUAUUUUUAGAGUAGUCAAAGCUCCACCACAGAGCUAGCGCCGGCCAUUCCAGCUAACAUGUAUCUAACCCCACAGAAGCCAGGUCACUUAAUCAGAGCCAUAUGCUCAAUAAACACUGACUUCACCUCUGAAAACUCCAUGAGCAGUUACAUCCGGAACAAUGAUAAAUGCUUCACUGUGCCUCGGUGUAACACAGUUCAAUAUAAACAUUUCUUCUUCCCACGAACAAUAAUUGCUUGGAACCAACUAGACAUUGCUGCCGUGGACUUGACAUCAAUUGAGAGUUUCAAGGCUGCCCUGGCAUCCGUUAGGAGCAGUUAGGACAGUCGCAUCGUUUCCCAAACAAUUACACGUAUGCCUGUACUUGGUUGCAGCAACGUAGUCUAUCAGAAUCAGAACUUUGUAAUUCUAUUUCCAUGUCUUCAUUUUUGAGAUUAUACAUUACAUUUAUUUACUAUAUUUAUGAUUUAUAUUUUUCAGGCAACACACAACCUGUAGACAUAUGUGGUAUUUAUGCAGCUGAAAAAUUUUACCACUGGGCAUUUAAUAGUCAGUAUGGCUUUGCUGGCCAGGUAUUGUCAUUAUUGGGGAAGUACAAGGCUUUAGGAAGCAAGAAAUUAGAUGCUGCUGCUGUUAAGGCUCUCACAAAAACAAAGUUGAGGUAAUUUAGGAGCUGGCUAUAUUUGCUUAUUAUAAUUUAAGUUUUUGGAAAUGCUCAAGCAAAAUUAAUUGUGCCCUAAUAAAUUAUGAAUAGUUCCAAUAAUAAUUAACUGUAAUAAAUAUUUUUUUAAUAACUUUUCAACUCUCUGAUAUUACUAUUAAACAACCUCUGAAAACAAUGUUUUCCGUAUAAAUCCUUUAUAAGCAUUUUGUGUGAUUUAGCGAUGGCUCCAGUUCUUUUGACAUCAUUGCAUCAUAUAUCCUCCCUCUUCCCCUUGAAAAACAUAGGAAAAACGUUUUCUUGGGGUUGUGGCUGAAAAUUUGAUAGGAUGUGUUGUCCUUGGCAACAGGUCUAGGCUUGAUAAGAUGACAGGAAGUGGGUCAAUUAGCCUUCCAAAGAUUUUUCUAGAAAGAAACACGACAAAAGCAAAGUUAAUAUAAUUCUUUGGGGUGGGUUUUACACAUGCUCAAAAAAGUGUCAGCUUGAUAGGUUUGAUAUGAAGUGGGUCUAUUAGCCAUCCAAAUAGUUUGCCAGCCAGCCACGAAUAAAAGCAAAGUUAAUAUAAAGGAUUUAAAAACUUAUCAUUUUUUUUUAAUAAACACUUCUCAAAUAUUUUGUUAUAUUUUUAAAAUCACUUUUUUUGAGCACGUGCACACCACCAGUGAUAAUUUAAGAAGAAAAAAAAAGAAAAGAUUAUUUAAUAUUGAUUUAAAAUGUUUCUAGUAAGGCAUAGGCAUAGGCUGGUAGCUAUUUAAUGAGGAAUGUCCAUUUAGACAGAGCAAAGUGUGAAGUUAAUCAUAAUUCGAGGGUAGAGAAACAGUUCUUAGCACGAUGCGGAAAAAGAAAGUCACAGGAAGGUAAACUCUAGAGAUGCCAAAACUAAAUUGGGAACUAAUAAAAGGGGACGGUUAGUGGGGACUAGAUCAGAAGUCAGCCAGAGGACAGUCAGGGAGAACUCAAUCAGAGAGAAGCAUCAGAGGGUAGAGCGGUACAUUUGAAGGACUGACUGCGACAGUACAGAGAGACAAGCCGUGACAGUUGAGUUGAUACUAGAAAGGUGGAGGGAAUAGCAGAGAAAUAAAGAUCAAAAGCUAUAGCCAUCGACAUGUAUUCUGUUACCUGAUAGUUGCAAUACUAGUGUCAGAGUAACCAUUGAUGAGUAGUCUUUUUCCUGAUUGUUGCACUACUUAUGACAGAGGAAGUCAGUGUCAUCCACCAAAAGUAUUAAAGAGCAUGAGCAAUAAAGAGCAUAAAGCAUAGCUCAUUUACAUGGAAAUCUUGCUUGUUCAUGUAUUAAGAAACCCAUCUGGCCAGAGGUUUUAGUGCAAAUCAACAGCUCAUCAAUUGUAACACUGGAUUAACUGAGUACUAUUAGUAUUAAACAAAAACGCAAAUGAUCUUGAUUUUAAAACACAAAUCCCUUAAUUUUAUGACCUCAACGGACAUAAUAAAAGAUAUCUCCAUCUAUUUAUUAAAAUUGUUAUUGUUUGGGUUUUAAACAUUCUUAAUUACACAUUUCUAAUUAGUUGAUAUUCCUCAUCUGUUACAUUUUUUUUAAUCCAUGAAAACAUAGGCUGCUCUAAUAAAUGUGCAAUUAUUUAAAAACUUACAAUUUAUCUGUACGUGACAUAAUAAGAAAACCACUCCAAAUGUGAUCCAUUAGGAUAAACAAUGUUAACAAUUUUGCUCUUCCUGAAAUUAAUUUUAUAUUUCACAGAGCUUAUGAAUGUGAUAUUGAGUAUAUCCCAGGAGAUGUUCCUGAUGCAUCACAAAACACACCAUGCAGAACUGGGUAAAUUCAAAUUUGCUGGAUUUUAAUUUUUGAAAUAAAUUGAUUGCACACUUGUGUUAGUGCAUUUAGUCAUUUUUUACAUAGGUUUUGCAUUAAAAUUUUUAGAAAUAAAACAUUCUAAAGAUGAUAUUAAUCAGUAAAUUCAAUUUCUAUAUAUUUUUAUUUUUAAAUGUCAGAGUAUAUGCAUUUGUUAAUAAGUACAGUCCCCCAAAUAUCAGUGUGAAAAUCCUUGCUUAGGUGUACAGUAUGUUGGGAUGAAGCUGUUUUAAAGGAUGUUCAGGAAGAGCCAACUUCAGAUCUAGUCCAAGAGAUCAAUCCCCUUGACCAGUCUUUUACAAGCAGUACCAGCUCUAUUAUUGGUAUGUCUUAUGCUUAGGAGCCAUCAAUAAAUGAGGAUGAUGUCACACUAUGUUGGCCAUAUUUUGAGCCUCCUCAUUACACAUAUUUUUAAAAAUUUCAACACCCUCAACUCAAUGUGACAAAAUCAUGCCCACUCCCCCGCUGAAUGUGUGACAUCAUUUAUUGAAAGCCAUUAUGUUAACCAUAAAGUUAGGGCUAAAUUUAAAAAUAAUGGGCAUUCAUUAAUACUUAUUAAUAGUAUACCAUGUCCCAUUAAAAAUGAUCUUUUCACUAAUUCUACUUUGAUUUUCUCAUUUAGGAAGUGCUCAUAAAAUGAUCUUUUAACUUAAAAAUAAACUCUUACCUCAAAGAUUAAAUUUUACUACCUAUAUUCUCUAUUUGGCAUUCCACUGAUUAAAUCAAAUUCUUAUUUUGCAAUAAUAUAUGCUAAUAUUAUUUCAAGGACGGAGGUUUAAUAUUCUCUGAUAAGAGAUAUUAAUGGUACAAGUAUUUUAAUAUUUGUUUAAAUUACCUUCCACAAAAUUUUUCAGAACUUCCACAAGAUAAUCCUUGGCGUUCUCUUAAAGGGAUAUACAUGAAUGUAGGCCUGUUUUGUAUAUCAGGCAUGUCAGAUUAUGCACCUCAAGGAUUUAGUCGAUUUACACAUCUUAACAAUGGAAUCAUGGACUUGAUGUUGGUUAAAGAAGUUGAAAGAAAGGAAUUUGUUCGUCAUCUUAGAAGAUUUGGAAAUUCAAAGGACCCGGUAUAAUUUAAUAUUAUAAUUUAAACAUUACUCUUCAUAAUUCUGAUAAGGAGAUCCAUUUUUUUACAAACAUUGUUAGGUCUAUUCACCUAUAAAUCUUAAGUUUUUCUAACAUAUUUUUUUAUUAAACUUAAUAUUUUUUUAUUUUAAAAUACUCACUUUUUUCUCAACAGUAUGAUUUUCCAUUCAUUGAGAUGUACAGAGUGAAAGAAGUUCGAUUUCGGCCUCGGUACCCCAAAGGCUGGAAUUACAAUGACCAUGAUUACAAUGAAAUCAAAUAUCAAGUAAGUAGUAAAUUUAUUUAAUGUUCACCUUAUUUUUUGAAAAACACUAUUAAAAAAAAAGGUAUAAACUAAAAAAUUAUAAAAUUAUUAGAAGCUUACUUUCAAGCAAAAUGGGCAUAGUGCUUUGCAUUUUUAGUGUUACCAAUUUUUAUCCUGUGAUAAUAUGGGGCUACAUUUUCUUUCAUUAAUAUUUUUUGAAAAUGUAUAACAUCUAAUCUGUUGAAAACUUUUUAUAUUAAUGCAUGAGGAGGAAAAACUGAAUUGUAGGCCUAAUCUUUUACGUAAAAAUAUUGGGUAUGUUGAGACAUAAAGGUUCAAAACUACCGCCUAAUUGGAUUUUUUUUUUAGAUGACAAGAGAAGAAUCUCAGUUGCAAGGAAAAAAAAGUGUAAAAGUAGUUGAUGACCUUGGAAACUCCUCUAAAUCCCAGAGUGUAGCAACCUUGGACUUAUCAGAUAAUUCUGAUUCAGAUGAACAGGAAGAUACUAAAGCCAAGGAAGAAAAGGUAAAUUUCUUUUAAAGUGGUUUUAAAACAUUGUUAUCAAUUAUCUUUUAAAAUGAAAGAGUGUAGCCAAUUACUCAAUGCAGUGGUGUAGCUAGGGGGUUUCGGACCACACCGGGUGACACCAUGUCGGGGGGGGCGGGGGGGGGGGGGGGGGGGGGGGGGGAGUGAAAAAAAUGCAUAUUUACAGAGCACACACUGAUCGUUCUAACUGAAUUUCAUAAAAAGGUUACCCAAUCACGCAUAAAUUUUCCAAACAUGUAACCAAUCCAAAUGCGUGCUUUAUUAAAAGUUCAAGGUUGAUGCAUCAGAAAUGAGGUGAACCAAUAAUUAGGUCAGAAAAACAUCCAAAACCCAGUAAUGAAAAAAAAAUAUUUUCACCUUAUUAUUUGAGCACAAUUGUCAUAUUACGACUGCUGUGUUUUACCUGCCACCUUUGUGUGUUGUAUUUUGGAUAGUGCUCUGACUGUUGCUUUUCAACUGUUGUAAGUAAUUAUUUUGUUUCGUACCUUGAACACAACACAAUUAAAGCCUUUUUAUUGUUCAAGAUUAUUCUAUCAUGGAACAUGGCGUGCACAAAUCUUAACGGCCAAGUAGCUGCCAGUAGUGCAAAGCAAAAAUUAAAAAGAUGUGACCCAUUAAAAUCACUACUAGGAUCCAUGCUUCGAUAUGUCCAGAAACCAAAUGAUGACCAGGGCUCAUCAAAAGACGUUCCUUAGUCUACCAAUGAUACAUUCAAGCAGCCUACAUUCUAUGAAAAAACAAAUAGUCCAGAAAAUAUAAGAGAUUUAUGUUGAAAUGCAAGUAAAAGACAUUGAUGGCUUGGAAACGGAAAUGAGCCCUGAUAAUGUUGAUCAAACCAAGAUGCAAGAUACUGUAAAUGUGAUAGUUGGAAUAUUUUAUCAGAUGCUUCUCUCUGGAAUUUACCAGAUCCAUAUCAUUUUCAGUCUUAAAUUAUUAAAUUAGGGGGUACCUUGUUCCAGAGCUAGGGCGGACCAUUCAGCAUAGUGACAAGGCAAGAUGUGAAAUCUAAAGGAAAUGUACACCAACUAAUAAAACAAUGGUUAUACCAAAUGAUGCCAAAUGGCGAGAAAAUACUGCAGUCAUGGAUGGUUUAUUCACUCCCUGUCAGAAAUUGUACUGUUUUUGCUGCAGCUUGUUUGCUGUUAAUGUUACAGAAACAACAUUCAAAUUUGUUACUGGAUUUGAUAAUUGGUGGCAACUGAGCAUCAUUAAAAAAUUAUGAAACAUUGGAAGUACACUAUGUCUCCUGGAAAAAUGAAAAGCAUUGACAGCAGGACUUAGGCUACACAAAACAAUUAAUUCCGAAAGUAUUACUGUGAUGGACAGGGAGAAGAAAAAGUGGAGGCAUAUCCUACACUGGUUGCUGGAUAUCACACUGUUUCUUGCAAAGCAAAAUCUUGCAUUUUGUGGCCACAACGAAGAUGAAGCUUCAUUGAAUAGUGGGAACUUUCUUGAAAUGGUUGAGAUGCCAUCCUAAUAUGAACCAGUGCUUAAAGAGCAUCAAUUGAGACUAAAUAGGAGUACAUCUACAGUAAAAGCAUCUGCAUCUUACCUUUCACCAGAAACCCAAAAUAAAUUUAUAAAUGUCCUUGCAAGUGAAGUGAUGUGAAGGAGAUUCUUAUCAUGGAUAUAAAGGCUGCGAGGUAUUUUGGAAUUAAGGUCGACAGUACACCUGAUAUUCUCACACUGCCCAGAUGUCUGAAGCAAUCAGAUAUGGAAAAAUCCAUAUUGGAAAAGUUGCAGUGAGAAAAGUGUUUCUUGGAUUUUUCCCUUUUAAGGGGGAAAAAAAACUGAUGACUUCAGUUCUGACUGACAUCUUUUUCUUUAUUUUGAAAGUUCACGAUCAAGGUAUUGAUCAUUCUGGCUCCUACAUUAUUCAAAAUCUAAAAUGUGAUGGACUAGACAUAAUGAUGUGCAGAGCUCAAGGUUACAAUAAUGCUACCAAAAUGUCUGGAAUCCAUGGAGGUGUUGAGGCCAUUCUAAAAAUAAAAAUAAGAAAGCGAUGUUCAAUGGAUUUGUGGGCCAUUCACUUAAACUUGUGUGGUCAACACUCUUUUCCUGAAAAUGCUUCAUGUAUAACAUGUUUUGGUAAUCUUAUCCUGAGAGAGUAUUUUCCUUCUUUGCUGCAUCCACUCAUUGAUGGGAUGUUUUAAUUGAACACACUGGAAUGUAGGUGAAAGACUGCCAACAACACAUUGUAUUAUAAUAAAUAUUUAAUUUAUUCAUUAUCUUAGAGUAUGGUUUCCCAACCUAUGGUGCUUACACUCUUGAGAUGGCAUUUUGGGGUGUGCAAGGAAACAUGAUUAUAAAAACAAAGAAGCUACAGCUCUCUUUGUAAUCCAGUAAUAACAAUUAGAAGCCCAUUAUUUAAAUAUUUUAAAAUGCAUUGUUGCUUUUGUAGGGGGUGCGAGACCUAGCCAAAAAGUUUAAAGGAAGCGCAACAUUUUAAAAAGGUUGAGAAACCCUCUCCUAGGGGAAUCAAGAUUUAGUGCUGACUUCUGAUAAAGAGAAGUUGGACAAAUGCUUGUAAAUGUGACAUCUUUUUCAGGCACCUGAACGCCUUCUUGGGCCAAUGUAUCGAAAGACUUUUUCAGAAAUUGAAAUGGAGAAGCAUAAACAACAUGUUAGGAGAAAAGAGGAAAAGUUGAAAGUAAAAGAAGAGGCCAAAAUGGUAUCGGUGUGGAAUAUUGACAAUCAACUUGUGAAGCAGCUGGAACUGGAUUUUAAGUAUGUUUACUCAAUGAUUUAUUUUUUUUAGUCAAAAUUUUCAACAAAAUAAUAUUUCCCACCUAGCGGAGGGUGUGCUACAUCGUUUUGACAUGUCAAGGGCAUUAAUAACUUUAAUUAUUUAAUUCUUGAAGAAACACAAAUAGUAUAGAAUUCAUUUAAACUUCAAUCAGUUUUAUAUGUUUAUUUAUAGCUUAAUUUAAAUGCUCAACUAUUUCUCAUUCAACAGAAUUUAUCAUGGACUGUUAAGAAUAUGUGGUUUGGGUGUCUCUGCAAAUACCGAAUAUGAGGAUGUUCGACUGGGCUGUUUGUCAGGGAUGUAAGAACCAGUGUCAUAGCCCAAUCACUUGAACAAAUGUUCACAAGAAAAUGAAGAAACUGUCAAUGAGAUGACCAUUAUCAGAAAGCUUACAUAUGCAAUGUGCAUCACAUCAAAAGGAUUCUCAUCGACUUACUUUUGUGUCAAGAAAAUAGUUCUAUUUAUAGCAUUUACACUGCCGGCCAACAGCACUUAGAUCAGCAUGGUAUGUUGUUCACUUCAGUUCAACUGUCAAGUCUCAUCUUAAUGGUGGUAUGUUGUGUCACUUCAGUUCAACUGUCUUAUCUAACCUUAAUGGUGGUAUGUUGUGUCACUUCAGUUCAACUGUCAAGUCUCAUCUUAAUGGUGGUAUGUUGUGUCACUUCAGUUCAACUGUCAUGUCUCACCUUAAUGGUGGUAUGUGUCGUCACUUCAGUUCAACUGUCAUGUCUCAUCUUAAUGGUGGUAUGUUAUGUCACUUCAGUUCAACUGUCAUGUCUCAUCUUAAUGCUUUGAUCAAUUAGGUUACAUUAACUUAAAAAUCUGUAUGUAUUAUGCAAGGGAAGGGAGCUUAUGAUUAAUGUAAUCUGAAAACUGUUUUUUAUGUAUUCAUUGCCAAUCAAGAUUGAUCUGUGCCAGUUUAAGUUUAAAAGCAAUUGAUCUUUGUUUUGAAAUCUUAACAAUACUGAUAAAGAUCUUGCUAGAAACAUUUCAUGUAUAGUAGUAUUAUUAUUAUGUAUGAUCUAAUAUGUUAAUGAGAAAAUGUAAACGUUUUAUGUUACAACUAUGAGAUUCAAGUCAACUAUGCAUUUCCAACAAAAUUCUGACCAAAAUAAAAGAAGCCGGAUUGUUUUUUAAAAUAUGAGUCACUGAGAAAUAAAAAGGAAAUAAAAGAAUAAAUGACAACAUCAUCAAAGUUGGAAGAAACAAAACACAUUUAUCAAUUUGAAAAAACUUUUGUGAGCCUUGGCAACCAACUUUUGUGAUCCAUGGCAACCAACUUUUGCGCUAAAAUUUAAAUGAUACAAAUAUUUUUGUUGUAAAAUUGUUACUGGGAUAAAUUUGCUAUGCAGUUUAUUAUUCUUUAUUUAUGAAACUGCAAAAUUUGUUUUUAAACUCUAAAAAGAUAUACCCGGUAUCAUCUUUCAAUUUCAAGAAUAACUAUUUACAAUCAGUUUCAAAAAAUUAAACAGUAACUGAUUAAACUUUAUUGUUUAAAUUAACUGCUCACUUUUUGCCUUGAACGGAUACUUGUAAUAUCACUGCUGGAUCAACCUUUAUAUGUUUUGUGACAGCAUUGUUUUUAUUCUUUUUAUUUUAGAUUCACCAUUUUCAAAACUAACUUACCUGUAAAUAAAUUGCAUAUUUGAUCA